AUGCUCACUCACGGGUAUACUAUUUUGGGAGUUCUAUGGCCUUGGAAAUAUCCAGAGAUGAAAAUUCCGUGUAUUUUCAGAGAUAAUGCAUUUCUUGAUAACAAAGAAGUGUACGUUUGCGAAUUUGUCGAGCAAAAUAUCCCAGACAACCUUAAAAUAAUACCAGAUGGUUCGCAUCAAUAUAGUCGCAGAGGAAAUCUAAAGAAUAACAUUGAUGUUACGGGUGUUAUUUUCAACAAAUGCAAUCUUACUAAAGUUCCGCAAGGACUACCAAGAAUCUUCCCAAAUAUGAAGAUCUUUAGCAUUUGGAAUUCAUCUCUGAAAAAUGUCUCUAGGAAUGACUUAGCCGAGGACAAAAAUAUAGAAAAAAUUGGAUUUUGCAGCAAUGAAAUCGAAUACUUACCUGGUGACUUGUUUGAAGAAUUUUAUAAUCUGGAAGAAGUUUCGUUUAGUGGAAAUAAAUUAACAAUCAUUGAACCGAAUGAAUCAUUUAAAGAUUUUCAUAUUCAAAUCGACGAUCAAAAACUUCCAGUUCAUAAGAUUCUGCUAGCUGCUCAAAGUCCAACUUUUGCUGAAAUUUUGAAGAACAAUCCGGAUGUUGAGAAUUUAAAUCUAGUCGACAUUCCAGUUGACAUUUUUGAGAAGAUAUUGCAUUUUCUCUAUACUGAUGAGUUUCCACAUAAAGAAACAAAUUUCUUUGAUCUAUUUGCUGCUGCUGGAAAGUUAAAGAUGGAGGCACUAAAGGAUUUCGCUGCAGAGAAAAUAAUUUCUAUGAUUAACAAAGAAAAUGCAAUGGACAUUCUUAAAUUAAGUAAUAAGUAUGAACACAAGAAACUAAAGUUGGAAGCAUUUUUGAAGAUUAAAAAAGAUCACCCAAAAAUUGAUUUUAAGGAUGAUUGGAUUAAAGAUGUUGACACUGUGAUUAAUAUUAUCAAAGGAUAUAAGACGAAAGAAGAAGCGAUUAGGAAAGCCAAAGAAGCUAUUGAAAAAGCUGAAGAAGAAUUUAAGAAAAUAGUUAUAAAAAGUGAAAAGUUUGCUAAUUAA